AUGUACACAAAUCGACCAGUGAAACAUGCGAAUCUUUAUGUUUCUGUUGAUAUACGAAUCCUUCAAUUCACUCUAUCAUUUGUUCGGAGGCCUAACAACACCGCAACCUCCACCAAUGCCAACAAGCCUCGUGCAGCAUGUCCCAUAUGUUGGACAAAACCGACAGCUGCCCUUCUCGAGCACUCAGAAAAGGCAGCCCUCCCAUCACAAACAAAGGCUAUCAAUGACUUCCGGGCUGCAGAGGCUGCUACUAAGUCUACUACUGAAAACCCACAGGCUGCCACCCCAGCUCCAUCACUGGAGCCUUCCAUGAUGCAGCCCGCAAUAUCUACACCCACUAGUAGCAGUAAACAGGCUCAUAUUGAAGAAAUCUCAGAUGAUGAUGAGUGUGAAGAUGCGCGUACAAACCCAAAGUCAAAAAAACCUCGCAAAUCAGCUUCAAGAACAGACUCAGACUUAGUGGGUGAGGAUGGUAUCCUCAUUGACAUUGAUGUUCAGUCAAUCGCAGACACUGCAUCAACGCGUGAGCUCAGAACUGCCGACAUUGAAGAAUCUUUCGGCACUACAUUUGAGCACACCAGGUCCAAUGGCAAAGUCAAGAAGCACCGCAAGUGCAAGUUUUGCCGGAAACAAUGCAUGCUUGUCAAUGAAACGACUACGCUCCGUCGGCAUGCAGAGGCCAACUUUGCGGGCAAGUAUUGCACAUGGGCCAAACAAAACUCAUUCGAGUCGAUGCUACCUGGUGACGUCAAAGCUCGCAAGGACAAGGCUGAACAUGAGCAGCAAAUCAUCACCUCUCAUCUGACCGAACGGAAGAUUGCUGAACAUGUUGUCCCAUAUGUCGGGAGAAGUAAAGAUGGAGAUGUCAGGAUGAAAGCCAUGCGCGCAUCUCAGUCUCUUUCCGAUACUGAGAUGUAA